CACGGGCCACUGAUCUUGGAGGUGGAACCUUGGAGUAGACCGCCCCCAAUCUUGAAAACAAAUUCCCCCUUAAAGAUAGUAGCUGACAGGUGGUCAAUCCAGCCUUUGCCUGAGGGGGAGCAUUCACUGGCUUGAACCCAAGACAGCUUGCUUCUUGCUAUCAGAAUCCCAUGCCAGUCAGAGGUGCCUGCCUCUUAAGGUUUUGAGGUCUUGGUGGGGGUGGAGUUAAACUGGCCUACAUCCAGCUCUCCCAGGAGCCACUUUUCCUGGAUUUGACCCCUCCCCCACGACCAGUCCCAUUGCUGCCUCUGUUGAGUGACAAGGCCACCUGCAGAUUUUUGUCCAAGUUAGGAGGUGCCUCCUUCGGAGCUAAAGAUAGACACUGGGCCUUCCAGAUGGCCAUAGCUGACAAGUUUAGUAAGAGGUACUUGUGUGUUAGGCUACCAGACCCUUACAAAGACUUCUACUUCGACCUGCCUCCCCCUCCCCGCCAUCAUGUCCACACUCUGCUUUAAUCAAGGCUGUGGGCAGCGCUUCGACCCAGAUGCCAACCUCCCAGAUGGCUGCCGCCAUCACCCUGGAGUGCCCAUCUUCCAUGAUGCCCUUAAGGGUUGGUCCUGCUGCCAUAAGCGGACGACAGAUUUCUCAGAAUUCUUAAGCAUCCAGGGCUGUACCCUGGGACCACACUGCGCCAAGAAGCCUCUGGAGACCCCUGGGACUAGAAGUGCCCUCCAGGGGCCCAAGCAUUUGGACACCAUUCCAAAGUCAGCAGAGACACUGCGCCGGGAAAGGCCUAAGGAAGGGCUGAAGCUGAACCUCCUGCCGCUCAAUGUAUCUCCCGCCCUGGAGACUGCCCUGGAACAGAAGGAACUUGCCCUAGAGAACUCUGGGCCUGGAGCAGGGCCCACCAACACUGUGGUCUGUCCUGGCUCCAUCUGCCAGAACCCAGGAUGUGCUGUUGUAUUCCAAGGCUCUGAGAGUGAUGCCAGUCCCUGCAGCUUCCAUCCUGGAGGGCCUAGAUUCCAUGAGGGGAUGAAAUCUUGGAGCUGCUGUGGUAUAACCACCAUGGAUUUUAGUACAUUCCUGGCACAGCCAGGGUGCAGCCUUGGGAGACAUGUCUGGCAGAAGCCGCAAUUGGUCUCCUGCCGCCGUGAUUGGCACCAGACAGCCUCUGUAGUGGUGGUGACCGUGUAUGGCCAGAGGCCACUACCCACACUCAGCUGGGUCAAGGCCAGUCAGACCAAGCUUCACAUCCACAUCUCUUUUGACGGCAGUCGGGUUUUCCAAGAACAAAUGGAACUCUGGGGGGUCAUAACUGUGGAGCAGAGUUUUGUCUCCCUCAUGCCAUCCCGGGCCGAGAUCUCCCUGAGCAAGGCCAACCCAGGCCCUUGGGCCCAGUUGGAGCAGCCAGGCCAAGGGAUGCCAGCUGAGAAGGUGGGGGAGGACACUGAGCCAGAGAUGAUGGGAAAGGAGCCUGAGGAGGAUUCAGAUGAUGAUUUGAGCUGGACAGAGGACGAGGAGGAAGAGGCCGAGGGAGAGUGACCACUAGAUAGUCCAAGAACAACAUAUGGAGCCUUGGUUCCCUCUCUCAGUACCUGGUCAUGGCUUUCUCUGCCUCCCUACCCUUCCAACAAGCAACAGCAGUAACCAAAUAAAAACCAACAAACCCACA